AUGGGACCACGUGUGAAGUUUGCUGUAGAUCCUGCGGCGUCGGAAAUGCUGGACAAGCAGUUAAUUUCGAAUGACCUGGGUGGUCGUGAGCGUAUCGGGUAUAUGAUUUUCAAAUUGGGGAAUGAGUCCUGGGACUUGGUGGAUCACGGAAAGCAUGGUGCGGGUUUGCUCCAGAAGUUGGUGGAUGCCUGCCCGGCUAACCAAGGUCGGCAUUUGAUCUUCCGGUCGGCAGACGAUGCCACGGACGUAUGGGUCAAGUACAUCCCUGACGAGUGUGGGGUCAAGGAGAAGACGUACUUCGCCACCGCCUCGGACUCCCUCUUUGACGAUACCCGCGGCUGCAAGAAGAAGCUCGAGUGUCGUGAAAAGGACGAACUCAAAGAAACUCUCGCCCAGUACCUCUAA